UAUUAUUUAUUAUUAAGCUUUCAUCUGUAGCGUAAAGCCUCUCAGAAGAAGAAUGACUUCUCCAGCAACUAAAAUAUGCAGCAUCUGCUUAGGAAGCAUAAAUACAAGCCAAGGCAGCUUCACUGCCACGUGUCACCACUCAUUCCACUUCAUCUGCAUCACAAACACUUUUGCUAUUCCAAACCCUUUCCCAAUUUGCCCUCUUUGCCAACCCCUUCCCAAUUACAAUGCCCCGUUGCCAAACGCCCCGCCUUCCGUUCCUCCGUCGGCUCCGCAAAUCCCUAAACUCGAACCCGAGCCUGUUCAGUUCUCCGACGACGACCCCCUUCUCGAACCUUCUUCUACAACAACAACAACAACCGUCGGCUUAGAAAAAGUGACCAUCAAUGCCGUACCCGAGCGCGACGUGCUCGCCGCCUCGGAGUCCGCGCCUCAAUUCACGGUUCUGAUAGGACUGAAGGCGCCCCCGUUACCAGCUUCCUCUCAGCGUGGGGCCCCCGUCGACCUCGUCACGGUUCUUGAUGUUAGUGGCAGCAUGAAGGGAACGAAGCUGGAUCUCGUAAAGCGGGCCGUGAAUUUCGUGAUCGAUGAGUUGGGCCCUUCCGACCGGCUUUCGAUAGUAUCUUUCUCCAAUCAGGCGUGGAGAAUAUUCCGUUUGACGAGAAUGACGGAAGCCGGCCGAGCGAGCGCCAAGCUGGCGGUCAAUUCACUGGUUGUUAUCGGCAACACCAAUAUAGUCGAGGGCCUGAAGAAAGGAGCGCGGGUUCUCGAAGAGCGGAGUUACAAGAAUCCAGUCGCGAGUAUCGUGUUCUUAUCGGACGGAAUCGAUAACUGCAACCACCGCCCAUUUUUCCACCUACUGCCGCCUUCGAUCUACCCCGCAAAUAGACUGCCACAUCAGCAAGAGAUUGAACUCUUUCCGGUACAUGCAUUUGGUUUUGGCACGGAUCACGAUGCUGUUACAAUGCACGCGAUAUCCGAUGCGUCGGGCGGUACUUUCUCCUUCAUCGAGUCGUACGAGAUGGUGCAAGGCGCUUUUGCCAGCUGUAUCGGGGGUCUUUUGAGUGUGGUGACUCAAGGGCUCCGGUUGUCGCUGAGGUCAGGGUCUAACGGGGUGGUGAUGAAAUCGAUACCUUCCGGAAGGUACCCCAGCGAAAUCGCCGAUCAAGGAUCGAAAGGUACGAUCCACGUAGGCGACCUCUACGCUGACGAAGAGAAGGAAUUCUUGAUCAACUUAUCCAUCCCCAUUCGAAAGACGUCUCUUUUGGACAUUGUGUGUUCUUACAUUGACGUUGUGUCGGAGAAAGAGACGGUGGAGAUCGAGAGCGUCGAGAUUAGACGCGCAAGGAAGGGUUCGCCCUCGGACACGAAGGUGAAACUGGAGGUCGAUCGGCAGAGGAACCGGCUACAUGCGGCGGAGAGCAUUGCGGAGGCUCAAAAGAUGGCGGAAUCCGGAGAUGUAAACGGGGCGCGUGAUUUGCUAGCCAAGGGUAGAACGGACAUUCUCGGUUCUUCUUCGGCUCAAGCGGGGGAUGAUAUGUGCGUGUGGCUCGAAGAAGAUAUGAAAGAGACCGAGAGAAGAAUGGGGAGUGCCGAACAAUACAAUAAAGAGGGCCGAGCGUACGCACUCGCGGGUAUGAGUUCGCACGGUGCACAAAGGGCGACGACGAAAGGGAAAAAAGUGGCCGGAGCGGAAAGACGAUACAGCCCUUAUUCGACUAAAAGUAUGGCUCUUAUGGUUGUCAAGGCCGAGCAACUUAGCGAUGACGAGGCUGAGCCGAUUAUUAAGAAGGAGCCGGAGAAUUAGAGUUUCUUGAUUUUUAUUUUAUUUUCUUUUCUUGAUUUUAAGAGAAUAUAUAUUUUUGCAAAACUGAUUUUUGUUGUCAUCUUUCAGACAGUUGUGAUGUUCUGGGAUAGUUUUAAUUUCGUAUGCAAUCGUUGAAAGUGGUUUCUUUUGUAGUACGAAAACGGAAUUCGAUAUAACACAAGUGUACUAAACGCGAGCAACUGACUCGGAAUUGAGUCGAGCCGGAGACGAGUUGAGCUCGAGCAUCUUAAUUUUUUGGAUAUAUAUUAUAUUAUUUGUUUUUAAAUCGAACUCGAGCCGAACUUCAUAUUUUAUCGAAUAAAAUAUAUCUUCGUGAUUGAUAUA